ACAAGUUUGUUUAAGUAAAGCCGUUUCAAAAUCCAAACCAGUCGACUGUUUUAAGUCUUCAAGCGUGUAUCUAAGUCGCAAUAUCGCCAAGAUGAUGUCCAAACCUACCGAUAUUGACCAUAAAAAAAGUGAUAAGUCGAUUUCGCCGGAAGGAAGCCCACCAAAUAUUCCUAGGUUGAUGCCCGGUGGAAACUACAUAAAAAUCGGCAGAGAUUCCGCGAAAAGCACAUGUCUUUUAUUUGCCCCGCCUGCAGAGGAAGUCGGAAUUUUGGCGAAAUACCUGGCCAUUUUCGAAAAACAUUACGUUAACCUCUUGCACAUUGAAUCGAGACCGUCGGCAAAAAUUCCAGGCAAUUACGAGUUCAUGGUGGAGUGCUCCCCAGGAGGUAACCUUGGAGACGCCAUUUUUGACAUCAAGCAGAAAAGCGAAUAUUUAAAUAUUAUUUCGCGAGAUUACAAGGAUAACAAAGAUUCGGUUCCAUGGUUCCCAAGGCGCAUAAGAGACUUGGACCGUUUUGCUAAUCAAAUCCUUUCUUAUGGUGCUGAACUGGAUGCUGAUCACCCUGGAUUUACAGAUCCAGUUUAUCGAGAACGCAGGAAAUACUUCGCUGACAUAGCUUUUAAUUACAGACACGGUCAAAAGCUUCCACACGUUAAUUACACUGAAGAAGAGACUGAAACUUGGGGCAAAGUUUAUAAGCAACUAACGACAUUAUACCCUACUCAUGCUUGUAAGGAGCACAAUCACGUAUUUCCAUUACUUAUUGAAAACUGUGGUUACCGUGAAGACAAUAUACCUCAAUUAGAAGAUAUCUCAAAUUUCUUAAGAGACUGCACUGGAUUUACACUGAGGCCUGUGGCUGGUCUGCUGUCAUCUCGUGAUUUUUUGGCUGGCUUAGCGUUUAGGGUUUUCCACUCCACUCAGUAUAUCAGGCACCCGAGCAAACCCUACUACACCCCCGAACCAGAUGUCUGCCAUGAACUUUUGGGGCACGUACCCCUGUUCGCCGAUCCAGAGUUUGCCCAGUUCUCACAGGAAAUUGGACUAGCAUCUCUAGGCGCCCCAGAUGAAUAUAUAGAAAAAUUAGCAACUUGCUUUUGGUUUACCGUCGAAUACGGUUUGUGUAGAGAACACGGUAAAUUGAAGGCUUAUGGGGCAGGACUUUUAUCCUCUUAUGGAGAAUUGCAGUAUGCUCUGGAAGAAAAAGCUGAAAUAAGACCUUUCGAACCCGCCAAAACAGCUUUGCAGAAGUACCCCAUCACCGAAUACCAGCCCGUGUACUUCGUCGCUGAGAGUUUUGAAGACGCCAAAGAAAAAAUGAUAAAAUUUGCUUCUACAAUUCCAAGAUCAUUCGGAGUGAGAUACAACGCAUACACACAGAGUAUAGAAGUUUUAGAUUCCAAACCACAAAUUCAGCGCUUAGUAAACAAUAUCAGUUCCGAAAUCUCAAUCUUAAUGGAUUCUAUGAAGAAAAUUUGAGGGUUUGUCUUGUAUGCAGAGAAUUUGAAGCUUUACUUUUCAAUCAUGUGUCCACAGCACAUCCUAAAUGUGUAAUAUUUAAUACUUUAAUAAUUUUCAAAUAAUAAUAAUUAUUAUAUGAAAUUAAGUGAUAAGUGAUAAUAAUGUUAUUAUUUAAGGAAUAAUGUAUUUAUACCCAGCUAAAUGCAUUUUUAAAGUGUUUUAGCUUAAUCUCAAUAAACAGCCCCAUGACAAUUGUAACAUUUAUUUGCUUGACAUUAUAGAAUGUAAUAUACAGUUUUGUUAAUUUAAAGUAUUUAUGAUGAGAAAUUAAAGAAAAAUGGUUU